AUGAGAGUUCUCAAGACGUCUUCGCAUUGCCUCUUUUGGCAACAGGAUACGGAUCUCAAAGCAAGAAUGCUGUAUGGUUGGCUCAAUGGUAUGCGUGGUAUUGGAUCUACAGAGCGAAACCUGUUAAUUAACGAGACUUACAAUGAAACAGCAGCAGCACAUACUGGAUCGGAUGGAUACAAGGUUAUUUGCAAGCAUCAAUGGAAUGGUAUUGGGAAUACCUCAAGGUACAGUGCAUCAUUGUGGGAUUGGUUGGAUUCAAGUGGACUUACCAAACACCAUACAGUGGCAGAUCCUCUUUCGGCGAUACUAUUAUUAUCAAGGCUGCACGUCAAGGACGUCAUUGUACUACACUUUCCUGUGGAGCUCUACAUAUUGUGCCCGGGGACAGCGCGACUCAUGUUGCGGCCUCAGGGAUUUAAAAAUGCAUCCUCUGUUCGCACGGCUCCAUCGUUUUACGGCUAUUGA